GUUCAUUCAUUUAUACCUUUAGACAAUGUUCUCCAAAGCUGCAGUGUUCAAUAUGGUCUUAAAAUUUUUAUUACUAAUCACACAUGAAGUGGCCUCUGAAUGUGAAAAAUUCACAACAGAUCAUAUUAUAAAUGUAACACCUAUUGAUAAAAGAAUUGGAGACAACGUUACAAUUGAUUGUAAGUUAACUGACUCUACUAAAGAACAGCAAGUUCGAUGGGAGCAUCUUUACGGAGUUGUCCGAAGGGUAUUCACCGAAUCAUACAUAACUUUGCUGAAUAUAUCUUACUUGGAUAUUGGAACAUAUCGUUGUAUUGAUAUAACAAGCUGUGUACUGAAAGAAGUUACUUUGAAUGUUCAAGGUGCUCCAUCUAUAAUUAGAACGAGGAAUUACGUUGAGAUGAGUGACGAAAUGGCCAUUACUUUUACAAUUGAAACUAUAAGCUUCCCGCCACCAGACAGAAAUGUCACGGUUCGACUUUGUAGUCAGGAAAACAAAGGCAGUUUAUUUGAUGUGCAACCAUUUUCAAGCUGGAUUACUUUGUUCUUGAACUCUUCUGAAUAUUCAACAGCGGGAUAUAAUAUAAAUCUGACAUUAAACGUUGAAAAACUGACGGAGAACGGGUUGUACUGUGUUGACAUUUCCAACAAAUUAGGAAAAACGUCAUUUUCUUUUUACGGAAAUUUUUCAGGUGUUAAUGAUGUCAUGAUCAAGGAGAAAACAUUUUUGCUUUUUCUGGAGGAGAACGUAACAAUCAUCACUCUCGGUGGAUUGGGUCUUUUGUCACUUGUAUUUGUCUUAACUAUCUUUGUAUUGUGCAAGAAAUUGAAAAAGGGUAAGAUUUUUAUAUUAUCGAAAUUGUUUAAUGCAAUGCAAACAAGGACAUCUGUUCCCUCCUCCCAUUCCUACAAAAUGACACAGCUCAGUAACGAUUUCUUCCAGGACCCAGUUCCUUGUCAAACUGGAACAUUUACAACACGAAGCAUUCAAAUGAGAGACAAGCUAUAUGACCCUAAUGGAAUUCCGAAGAAUUUUUCGGGAAGAAUGGACUCAAGGGUGUAUAGUUUUGGACAAAGUGAACCAGAAUAUUAUGAAGAUGAUUUUUAAAAUAUCACUCUUAUAUGAGAGAGAGAGAGAGAGAGAGAGAGAGAGAGAGAGAGAGAGAGAGAGAGAGA